AUGGAGGUGAGGGGAAAGAAAUAUGGAAGGUACUUUGAAUUUGAAAGAGACAGAGACUACAGGAUUUCCUGGGAAUUCUUAAUGAUUAUUGGAAUUCUGAGCUCAAUGUUUUGGUUGAAGACUCUGAUAUUUGCCCUGCUAUCAGGGCAAGCUAUAAGCCAGAGCACUUUAUUGAAAUCAAACAACUUGACAGAGGCCAUUCAAUGGGACGCUACUUCUCUCUAUAUUGAUGGACAGCCAGUAUUCAUUUUCUCAGGAGAGUUUCACUACUGGAGAAUUCCAAAUCCUUCCCUGUACCUGGAUAUAUUUCAAAAAAUCCGGGCAACUGGCUAUAAUGCAAUCUCUAUUUACUUUCAUUGGGGGUUCCACUGUCCAAAAGAUGGUGUCUUUGACUUUGAGACCGGAACUCAUGAUCUACAGCCCGUGUUUGACGCGGCAAAGAAAGCUGGGUUGUGGGUGAUUGCUCGUCCUGGCCCAUAUCUUCAUGCAGAAACAACUGCAGGCGGGUUCCCUGGCUGGCUUAUCAAUCAGCCUUUGGAAGUUCGCACAAACGAUCCGCUCUAUACAACGGCUUGGAAAGAAUAUAUCGCAAAAAUUGGCCCGAUUAUCGCCAAGAACCAAGUCACCGAAGGUGGCCCCGUAAUACUGGCGCAGAUCGAAAAUGAGUACAGGAGUGGUAGUGGGUCAUAUGCUUUCGAGGGUGCCGACGAAUAUAUGGAAGAUCUUUCUGCAACCUACAAAGAAGUAGGAAUAGUUGUGCCCAUAUUCCAUAACGAUUUCAACAAGAACGUUCGAGGCGGUUCAUGGAAUCCUCGUAACUACCCCGGUGUCUUGGACAUUUAUGGGCUUGAUAGUUACCCUAGAGGAUUUGACUGUGCCAAUCCACAAAUGAAUUUUAAUAUCGAUACUGGAUACUACAAUCAUUUUGCUCAAGUUAAUUACGGGGGCCCUUCGUUCACUCCUGAGUUCCAGGGAGGCGCGUUUGACCCUUGGGCAGGUCCUGGUUAUGAAAAAUGUGCUGAGAUGGUUGGACCGGAAUUUGUCGAUGUUUACUACAAAAAUAAUGUUGCCCAAGGCUUCACGAUGCAAUCCUACUACAUGACCUUCGGAGGUACCAACUGGGGUCAUGUUGCAACACCUGUCGUCUACACUUCCUAUGAUUAUGGCAGUGGCAUCACUGAAGGCCGUCUCCUCCGCGAUCGUGCCAACGAAUCUAAACUCCUUGGUCUCCUCACUCGUGCCACCACCUCCCUCUUGCAUGCGCCCCAAGUUGGCAAUAGCACCGCCCAAAACUACACUACCAAUGCCGCUGUUUUUGUCACAGAACUUCGCAACGCUGCAGUUAACGCGGGCUUCUAUGUUGUUCGAAGCGCAGUGACAAACUCUACCGAUACCAAAUCAUUUUCUAUUAACCUUGAGACUAGUCUUGGACCCAUCACUGUUCCAAGCGGAAGUUCAACAUUGCUCUUAGAAGGUCGUCAAACAAAGAUCAUACCCACCGAUUACAAAGCGGGGAAAACAAAUAUUCUAUACUCAACUGCUGAGAUUUCUACCUGGACUGUGAUAGAUGGGGAAGAUUUUGUGUUAUUCUAUCUUAAAGAAGGUCAAGCCGCAGAGAUCGCUGUUUCUGGUGUUGAUAGUGGAGAGGUCACAACAACUGGAUCAGCAAAGAUCGCCCACAAAUCCACCAACGGUACUUUGAUCAUCGAUUUUGUUCAAACAGCGGGACUUUCAGUUGUUCAGCUUCCUGGUGCAACCUUCUUGCUUACUGAUAAGUCAACGGCCUAUCAGUUCUGGGCACCAGGAAUCAAGACAGCAUACUACGAACCACCAGAAUCCCACGUUUUAGUAUCAGGACCGUACCUUGUACGAAACGCCACUGCACAUGGAAAAACCCUUGACCUGGUUGGAGACAUCAACAAGGACAUUCAGCUCGAGGUCUUUGCGAAUUCAACCUUCUCUUCAAUCACAUGGAACGGUGAAAGACUCAACACCAAAAAAUCAAAAUAUGGAAGUCGCAUAGCGAAUCUCAGCGGGCCAAACCUGGAAAAGCUGAAAAUUCCAUCAUUAAAUGGUACAAAAUGGAAAACUAUUGAUUCGCUACCUGAGAUUGAUCCAGACUUUGAUGACUCCGCAUGGGUCAAGGCGGACAAGAUGAACUCAACAAACCAAUAUUUCCCUCCAAAGACCCUUCCUGUUUUGUAUGCGGGUGAAUACGGCUAUCACACAGGGAAUACGAUUUACCGCGGUCGUUUUAUUGGUAAAACCGCCAAUGGGACUACUGCUACAGGUGUUGCAUUGGAAGUUUGGGGUGGAGCUGCAUUCGGGUACAGUGCCUGGCUCAAUGGUGAAUUUCUUGGUUAUCACGCAGGCACCCCUGACCCAGCUGGUUAUAUUGAAAAAUCUCACCCUUUCACCAACGUCACCGUUAACGAGGAAGAGAAUGUACUUGUUGUUCUUGCAGAUCGUAUGGGUUACGAGCGCGACGAUGGUGCCUUCGGAGACCCACACUCCACAAAGAAACCUCGUGGUAUCCGGUCCGCAAUUCUUACCGGUGGCAGCGCUUUUACAUCUUGGACUCUCCAAGGGAAUGUUGGUCAAGAGGAAUUUGAUGAUGCGGUCCGCGCGCCAUACAACGAAGACGGACUUUAUGCUGAGCGUAUUGGUGCCCAUUUCUCGGGCUUUGACGACUCCAAAUGGGAGGAAGGAUCGCCUAUGGACGGAUUUGAAGGGCCUGGAGUGAAGUUUUAUAGAACCACUGUUAAGCUUGAUCUUCCAGACGGUUGGGAUGUGCCCUUGGGGUUCUUCAUGAAGAUUGAGAAUGGAACAUCUGCCAGAGCUGAGCUUUUCGUUAAUGGAUGGCAAUUUGGGAAAUACGUCAGCGAUAUUGGGCCACAAACAAUGUUUCCUGUCUUCCCAGGUAUAAUUCAUCCUCAAGGGAAGAACACAAUCGCUAUUGCAUUAUGGGGACAGCAUGAUGUUCCAGUCAAGUUUCAGGAGCUUUACCUUGGACCGCUGGAUAUUUUUAAGAGUGGUUACGGACCUGUCGAGAGCGAAGGCCUGACACCAGGAUACAUAGAGGGAAGAAAGAAGUAUGAAAUUAAAUGA